GAACAGGGUUCAGCGUCCUUUCUGCAGCUGCAGCAGCUAGGAUUUUAAACCAAAAUUAUAGGUUAACAGCCAUAUAUUUAAUCUUUUAUGCAAUAAUAACCUCUUGAAUGUAUUGGAGAUGUCUGCGACUGACUGGUACGCGCAUAAGUCGCUGGAAAAUGGCAUGUUUUGGAUCCAGGAGCGGUUUUAUGAAUCAGGGAACAGGGCGAAUAUCUGGCUCAUACGCGGGUCCCAUCAGGACGUGGUCAUAGAUACCGGACUGGGUUUACGGAGUCUGCCCGAAUACAUCAAUAGUAAAGGGCUGCUAGGGGACGAUUCAAAGCGCAAGAACCCGCUUUUAGCUAUUGGCACGCAUGUGCAUUUUGAUCAUUCGGGUGGGCUGCAUCAGUUUCAACAGGUGGGCGUGCACAAGGCGGAGGUGGAUGCUCUGGCUAAUGGGGACAACUUCGAGACAGUGACGUGGUUAUCUGACCGCGAGAUCGUGGAGGAUCCAUCGCCUGGAUGGCGAGCAAGACAGUACAGAGUCAAGGCGGUCACACCAACACAUAUACUACAAGAAGGCGACGUUAUCAACCUUGGAGACCGACAGCUUACUGUUCUCCACAUGCCGGGCCAUUCCAGAGGCAGCAUUUGUCUCCAUGACAAGGAGAACAAAAUUCUGUUCAGUGGAGACGUGGUCUAUGAUGGAUCCAUGAUUGAUUGGCUUCCUUACAGCCGGAUAAACGAUUACAUUCGUAGCUGCGAAAGGCUGGUUAAGAUGGUCGAUAAAGAGGAGAUUGACCAGGUCAUGCCUGGCCAUUAUAACACUUUUGGGAGCAAGCGUCUACACCGGUUAGCCUCCAACUACAUCGCUAGUGCCGGCGCCUGCCACAGAGCCUCCACCUGCUUGGUGAAGUCCUUAGCCAGCCUGGCACUUCGAGCCUCCAACUCGAGAAGUGCCUGCUAGUAGUGAUGGAAAGGACUACUAUGCAACAACAUGUCAUUACAGACCUCAAUAUAUGAAAACACUGAGCAAUACAGUGUGCUAAUGAUAUACAGGAUACAAUUUGAUAAUAUUAUUUGUGAUCAAGGAUUAAAAUAAUGAAAAAAAGCUGCAUAAUAUCCAUCAAAGCAUCAAGAAGAAUAGUAAACAUUGUCAUGUUUUAAAGGUGCUGUUUGUAAUUUUCAACAAUAAUGUGUAGAGAUAUCUAAAGGACUAAAAUAAAUAAAUAAAUAACUAGUUAAUAACCAAGUUAAGUGCAAAUCCAGCACCACGGCCCGUUUCAUUGGUCAACUCAAUCAGACAGACUUUACUGAUGCAAUUUAGAGUAAAAAAAAAAAAAAAGAUCAUGUAUUGGUGCAGUUUAGAUU